AUGGCUGCUGUUUUAAGGUCAAAAUCAUCGCGAGAUACUGCUUCGUUUACUGCCUCACAGCUCAGAUAUUUGAUUCAGAACCGUAUCCACGCGGGUCGGACGACCCUGUUCCAACGGAGCGCCAGAACGGGAUUUGAUAAUUAUUUGAACAAUUAUAAUUUCAUCUCAGGUUCACCCUUUAACCUCACAACAUUCAAGCCCAUCUCUCUGCGUGGCGAAUAUGUCGAUAGUGCCCGGAGGAAUUUUCCGAGCUCUUUUAGGAUCAAGCGGAAAAUCGAGAACUUUAGCUCCCAAGGGGACCCGCCGGAGGUCUGGCAGCCUCCUGGAGCGGAUGGAAUUGUAGUGCGUCCAGGGGUCAAAUUUAUUCAGAUUAGUGAAGGGGACGGGCCAAGUACUGGUAGUGGGUUUGGGUCGGGCUCCAAGGAUGGCUACUGGGGUGGAUCCAAUUUUGGCCCGAAUUUUCCGACCCCUAAAGAAAUCUGUAAGGGGCUUGAUAAAUUCGUCAUUGGCCAGAACAGAGCUAAAAAGGUCCUUUCUGUGGCAGUUUAUAAUCAUUACAAGAGGAUAUAUAAUGAUUCCGCCCAAAGGUCUGCAGGGAGUACAGAUGGUGACAAAGUUGAUGGCACAGAUAAUGAGAUAGUGGAACUUGAGAAAAGUAACAUUCUUCUAAUGGGACCAACAGGCUCAGGGAAAACGCUACUUGCUAAAACUUUGGCGCGGCUGGUGAAUGUUCCCUUUGCAGGAUAUGUUGGGGAAGAUGUGGAGUCCAUUUUAUAUAAGCUACUUACGGUUGCUGACUAUAAUGUUGCAGCUGCACAGCAAGGCAUAGUCUAUAUUGAUGAAGUUGACAAGAUCACGAAAAAGUCCGAGAGCCUCAACAUAAGUAGAGAUGUGUCGGGAGAAGGUGUCCAACAAGCAUUGUUGAAAAUGCUCGAGGGCACUGUGGUCAAUAUUGAUACGAAAGAUAUUCUCUUUAUAUGCGGUGGUGCCUUCAUUGAUUUGGAAAAAACGAUCUCAGAAAGGCGUCAUGAUUCUUCUAUUGGUUUUGGCGCACCUGUACGGGCAAACAUAAGGACAGGCCAUGUUACAAGUGCUGCUGUGGCAUCAUCUUUACUAGAAACUGUUGAAAGUAGUGAUCUAAUUGCGUAUGGGUUAAUACCUGAGUUUGUUGGACGAUUUCCCAUCCUUGUUAAUUUGGCAGCACUUACUGAAGAUCAACUUGUUCAGGUUUUAACAGAACCUAAAAAUGCGUUAGGAAAGCAGUAUAAGAAGAUGUUCCGAAUGAAUGAAGUGAAGCUUCAUUUUACAGAAGAUGCAAUGAGAUUGAUCGCUAGGAAAGCAAUAACCAAGAAUACAGGAGCUCGGGGUUUGCGAUCCAUGUUGGAGAAUGUUUUGAUGGAUGCUAUGUAUGAGAUUCCUGAUGUUAGAACAGGAGAUGAUAUAAUAGAUGCUGUUGUAGUAGAUGAGGAAUCCGUUGGAUUUGAAAAACAUGGAUGUGGGGCUAAAAUUCUUUACGGUAAGGGGGCAUUGGACCGCUAUCUUUCAAAACACAAGGAUUCAGAGGCAUCUGCAUAUGGGUCUGAAGGAGAACCUGAGGUGGAACUGGAACUUCCUUCUAUUGUUGCCUUGCACAGGAAGAUCAUUCUUACCCUUUUGCGGGAUGGUCCAAAUGUGGAAGUUCGAUUAGGUGUUGUUUCAGCAACAAGAGGUCCGAUAGCUUGGAUGGAUCUUCUGUAUGGAAAAAGGGGCCGGGAAAACAAUAAGGAAAACUUGGCGCAAGUGUGUUGGACGCAUGGGACCGCUCAGAUUGAUGCUGAGGAUCAAGUAACUGAAGCCGUGUGUCUCAUUAAACCAGGUUUAGCUAAACAUGGCCACAUUGGAUUGUAUAGGUGGAGCUACAGUGGAUAUCUCUCGGCUAUGGCAUUGGCAAAGUUUCCUGAGGUUUUCAAAUGUGCGGUUUGA